UCCAGCCGCUCCGUGGCUCCACAGGCCCUCCGGACCAACCGCGUCCCGGACCGCCGGACCGGACCGAGAAGUCGGCUCUUUAACCAACGGUUAUGGAACGGAGCUCGGAUUGAGCCCAGGCCGUCGCCAUGAACGACCGGUACCACCGGGCGGCCCGGGACGGCUACCUGGACGUCCUGAAGGAGGCCACUCGGAAGGAGCUGAACGCCCCGGACGAGGACGGGAUGACGCCGACCUUGUGGGCCGCCUACCACGGCAACCUGGAGGCGCUCCGGCUCAUCGUGAGCAGAGGAGGUGACCCAGACAAGUGUGACAUCUGGGGGAACACGCCGCUCCACCUGGCAGCUGCCAACGGCCACCUCGGUUCUCUCUCCUUCCUGGUAGCUUUCGGUGCCAACUUGUGGUGUCUGGAUAACGACUACCACACGCCUCUGGACAUGGCCGCCGCCAAGAGCCAUAUGGACUGCGUCCGAUACCUGGACUCCACCGCCGCCAAGCAGAUCACCCUCAACCCGAAGCUGGUCAGCAAGCUGAAGGACCGGGCAUUUCGGGCCGCGGAACGCCGGAUCAAAGACUGCGAGAAGCUCCAGAGGAGGCACCGGGAGCGCAUGGAGAGGAGGUUCACCAAGGAGUCGCUGGCUCUGGACAACUUGGAUGCUAUUAGCUUCUCCAGCUACACCAGCAGCAGCACGCUGAGCCGCAAGUUCAACACCGUCACCUCCAAUAUGCCAUACUCACAGGCUACGCUGCAGUCAACAGCCAAGGGCAAAGCCAAGAUUCAGAAGAAGCUGGACAAGAAGAAGCAGGGACAGUUCCACAUUCAGGACCCGGAGGUCGUGAAUCCCGACUACUAA